GGCACCGAUGAUCAGUGUAGCCCAAGCAAUGCCAGCUGUUAGUGCUCAUCAAUGCCACCUGCCAGUGCCCAUCAGUGCCACACCAAUGCCACAUAUCAGUGCCUACCAGUGCACAUCAAUGCCAGUCAGUGCCGCCUAUCAGUGCUGCCAAAUCAGUGCUGCCUAUCAGUGCCAGUCAGUGCCACUUAUCAGUGUGCAUCAGUGCCGCCUAUCAGUGCCCUGCCCAUCAGUGAUGCCUUUCAGUGCCCAUCAGUGCCACCUAUCAGUGCCCAUCACUGCAGCCUUACUAGCGCACAACAGUGAAGGAAAAAAAUCACUUAUUUACAAAAUUUUAUAA